GACAGAGUGUGGCGCAGUUUGGCCUGUUCAAUAGCUUUCGAAGUAACAUGUCACAGGGGUGAACUUCCUCUAUCUCUGCUGCGCUGGUGUGUUGCUAGAACUGGGCAAGCAAGGGAGUAUCUGUAAGAUUUCUUCAGACUGGUUUGGAGAAGUUGAUUUCGGGCACAGCGCCAUUCGCCGAAGAAGUGUCGCAGGGAACGCUGCAGCGUAGCCUCGAUUUUGAACGCGGUUCGGUUCGAUACAUAGUACGACCGUUGGGUUCGAUUCGUUACCAUGGCUUCAGUCUAGAGGUGGCUAGUGCGCCGUUACUGAUCUUUGAUCUGAUUUUUUAUGAUCUGAUCAGGUCGUAAAAAAUGCUAUUCCAUUAAUAGUAUCGCUAGUGAAGUUUCGCCCCAUAGAACUUACUAUCAGUUCGGAUAGUGAUUUCGCUAUCCAGAUUUUGAUAGUUUCUGCAUACAGUGCUUGGCGAAGUGAGCCCGUCGAUAGUGCAAUUCGAAGGUUUACUAAUAGUGCAACUUCACAAUCAGUGAUCAAGUGGUUCAGUGCAGGAAUUCCAAUUCAGUGUAUCUUCUCUGUAGUGCAGUUGUAUCUUAGUUAACAUAUAGAUGCACGAUGUAGGUAUGUGCAUAUAUGCAUAAAGUGAAAGAGUGAUCUCUGCCCACUGCCUGAUUGCAUCCUACCGGAUUAUGUGCUGCAAAGGUGCCUGGAACUAAACGUGGAUUAAAAGCUGCAUUCCUGUAUGGAAGGCGUCAAUAAAAUAGCAGGAAUUCCAUCUCAUCCGUCAUCAAAUCGAAUUGAUUCGUAGCGAAAAAAAGUCGAUCAUCAAUCAAUUUAGCUGUGAGUGCUCUUUCUCAAUUGAUUCACUUUUCCACAAUCAUACCGCUGUACCAAAUUAAAAAAUUCGUAGGUGAAUGUAUGUGAAUGUGAAAAAAUUGAAAAGCCUUAGUGAAUUAAGCUAAAAAAAAUCAAAAGAUCUCUAUCGUAACAGAGCCGGGUGGUGAACUUAAAUAUGUGCCCGCGUAAUAUCGAACAGAUUUUCGAAGUAAAUCAGGUGAAAUUUUGUGCUUUGUGUUUCGAUCUUGGUUUUCUAUUCUAGAUUAAAGUCUGGAUGCAUCCGAGUUAUCCAUUGAUUUGUGUCAAAAAAAAUCAAUUAAAAAUGCAGUGAAGCCUAUUUCAGCUGAUUUCUUUGGAGCCCACAUUCAUUGACGGAGCCAAACAUAGCGAGCUUUGUGCAGGGUCAGCCGCACAAUCCAUUCAACAAAAGGCUAAGUCCCGCACUAACCGGUACGAAAGGAAUAAAACUUUCUGGUGGAGAAAUAAAAGAAAUACGGAAAUAUGUGAAGAAUGCCUUUAAAAUUUCACUAAAGUUGUAUUUUCGCCUUGAGACAUUUUGUUGAAUCGAAGAAUCCAAAGAGUUCAAAAAGUAACAACUAUGUUGUAGACAGGAACACAGAGCGCGACAGCGACAACCACAACGCCAACAACUGGAGACUUAUGUAUGGAUGCUGCACGAGUAGAGUAACCGAAAUCUUUUAAAAGUAACACAACUUCUUGGUGGAUUUCUUCUUCGUGGUUAUAAGAAACUAUAGAUUCGUACAUAUUCACGAGAAAGGAAACCAGUUUGGAUGUCUUUCUGGCCGGUUGGGUAUUGGAGCGAUAUUUGUUAUUUGGCGGAGCUAGUAUCUGCACACUAUGUAUACUACUCCCUAUAGAUUCAUCUAUAGCUUUUCGAAAAUUCCUUAGGCCAGCACUGCAGUAUAUUGGCCGGCUAUUUGAGUGUGUUGUUCCAACAUCUUAAGACUUGUGUUUUUAGUCGAACGAACGAAAAGACAGGGCACUGAUUAUGGUGGAUUCUUUGGAAGAACAAGUGCUCCGUAACAGCGAACACUAGACCACUUAUGAUUACGUCCUUUACCAAAGACAACAGAUAUCUUUCAGUAUAAAGACGGAGAAGGUGUCAAGGCGAAUAUUUGCCCACCACAAAAUACAUGAAAGGUACAACGUACAUGCACUCGAUACUUGAGUACGAAAAGAGGAUCACAGAGACAUGAAGAAGGGUCAGUCUCGAGGAGGAGAAGACUAAAAUAGCACUCGAUGAACUGUUAAGUGACCAGAAAAGCAAACGAAGACGACGAAACCGGCAUCAAACUGAAUAUGACUAGAUGUUGUAUGUAGCCAGUCAAGUAAACGAACAACAAAAACAGCAUCAGCAAUAAUAACAACAAAAUAACCAGCAACAUUUGAGCCUGCCUGAAGAUUAUGGGAAUGCAAGAAAUGACUGGAAUCCAAGAAAAAAUGAAGAUAUUUGGACUAUCCAAGAUUCCCAUGUGCAGGUGGUGACAUUCAUACGACUUGAGACAGCAUUGUUCGAUUCCCUUGAAGUCAACGCUCUCAUCUGGAAAAAUCGCAUCGUAUAUUUUCCGAUACGCUGCUGAUAAGCAAAAAUGUGCUCGUCUGUUAUAAAUCAAUGGUUAUUAAGAUUUCAAAUGCACAUUAACACGAGAAGCGAUACUAACGAAAAAACUAAAUCAACCUAAAGUAAACCUGGAAAUCUACAAAACUAAAAUUAAAAUUCAUAAAAAUAAUUCUUAAACGAAAAGAUCUCCUUCAUAAUAUAUUAGAAAAAUUAAAUGUUAAAACAUAUGCCUACUGGCCCCACGUCCGGUCAGCAACGUCCAUCGACGCGGGGCCUUGCUCACAAUAGGCCAGCGCAGCCUUUAAAUGUCUCCACAUUAUCGACGGCUACAACAACAACAUCAUGUAACGGUCAAGGUCCAGGACCACCGAAACUCAUAGCGAAUGGAGGACCACGUUUAUCGUCUGUAUUAAAUACAACACCUAUAACGCCCAUUCAUUCGCCCAGUAGUAAUAACAACAAUAAUAAUAGUACGAAUAAUAACAAUAGCAAUAGCAAUAAUGUUAAUAGUAACAAUAACAAUAAUAUUAACUUGACUAGCAGUAACGCGCUUAAUACCAAACACCGUGUUGGAGCACGAGAAGCUUUAACAAGUCUUGGACUAUUAUGUUUAGUUUCCCUCCUCCUCGCCUUGCUCUCCCUAAUCUUUCUGUUGAAAAUAUCACCUGGAGGACGUGAAUUGCCGCCGCCACCACCAGGACCUACUUCCGCCGAUGACUACAUCAUUGUGUACGACGUAACCCUCGCCUUAUGUGCUCUGUCGCUAUCAUUGAACCUGUGCUGUUUACUUGUUUGCGCGAUUCAAUUUCUUUUUGCGGUGAAAUUAGUUCGAGCACCUGCGACUUCUGGAAGGGGUAAUAAAUAUCUUCAGAAAUCAAGUGUUAGCCGUGUAUGUGCAGUUGGUGGAUUUUUCAUCUCGAUACCGAUAUUCCUAACAGGUAUCAUCCUCUACACCUUCACACAAUUCCAUUCCACACCGGCUAUCAUAACGAGUGUCCUAAUUGGAGUUGGUAUCAUUUUCUGCGGAUGUGCAAUGGUUCACAACGUAUUCGUAUGGCAAAAAGAGAAAACGAUAUGUGUUCGACAAAAUCCGCCAAAUUUGACGCUAUCCACGCAACUUAGUACAAUCUCGCCCCCACCACCACCACCAGUUCAAUAUAUGAACCACAAUGGUUCGGCUCAUAUUCAUCUGAAUACUAGCACGCAUACACCUCUAUCCCACAACCAGCUAAAUCACAGCAGUCAGGUUACACAAUUAACUCCCGUAACACCCCUUUCACCAAAUCACUCCCAUGUUAGUUUUAAUCAUUCGUAUGUUCCCACAUAUGCAGUACGUGCUGCAACAGCUACUCCACCCACACCCAAGGUCAACACCGCGCUUUUAGGUGGCAGGGAUGCAAGUGGUUCCGUGAGUCCUGGGAUGCCCACUAACAACACUUCGGCUAAUUUGGAUUUAAGUAACGUAACGAAUACAUCACCACAUGAAUUAUCAACUCUUGUGUAAAUCUGUCUUUGGUGUUUUAUUAUUGCAGAAAUUAUGCUGGAUAUCUAGUAAAGUGUUACUGCUAUUUGUCAAGCAAUAAAAGCUUUAGCAAGCCGGAAACAAUUUUGUAAAUAUUCGUAGAUAGAUACAAUCUGUGGAUUAGAUCUUAAUUUUAUUUAAAACUUUUUUUAUUGUUUCAAGAGUUUUGUUUUUAAAUUUUUGUAUUUUAUUUGUAACAAAGGAACGAAGUCAGUCAGCUUUUAUUGUAACAUUUUUGAAACUAGAGUUAGCGGUUGGUAUACAUAUAUAACUUCUAACGGAAGUGUUUUUGAGUAUCCCUGGUUGCCGACAGUUUGGAUUAUUAUCAUAAGUAAGUCUUUAUUUAUAUGUAUGUAAAUUGACGAUGAGAAAGAGGAGGAUGUUAAGUUAUAAAGGAAACAAUGUGUACAAUUUGACGAGAGUCUUCAUUUUCUAUUUAUAUUUCGAAAAUAAAAUGCGAA